AAAAUACCAGUAGUGAAUGUUUGUCGCACCCGAGCAGUCGCGUCGUUUAAAACUAUGACUGAAGUAAAUAAAGAUUUGCAGAACGAAAGAAAUAAGUGUACGUUUGAUGUUAAGGAGUUGACAACAGUAAUUGAUGGAUCUUCGGAGAAAACUUCGAAGCGCAGAGAGAGGGCGCGGAGGAUGUUAAGCAGAAACCACUUGUUCCAAGAAGACGUGCCGGAGGACUACCUCAGCAACAGGGAGGUUUACGAGAACGGCAUCAGGAAGUCAGUGGUUGCCUUCGACAUAGUCCGGGAGAUGCAGGCAGAGGGCAAGAGCAGUAUCGAGGAUUACAGGGACGUGAUCUCCUCGCUCCUGCAGACGUCCACUCUGCGGGAUGGGUCGGCAUUGGUGCUGCACUACAUAAUGUUCAUGCCGGCCAUCAUGUCUCAAGCCACGGAGGAGCAGCAGAUGGACUGGAUGCCAAGAGCAUGGAACUGCAGCAUCAUUGGUAGCUAUGCUCAAACGGAGUUAGGCCACGGGACAUUUAUUCGAGGACUGGAGACCACGGCUACGUACGACUCCGACACCAAGGAGUUUGUCCUCAACACACCCACACUCUCCUCAUACAAGUGGUGGCCAGGGGGCUUGGGACACACUGCCAACUACUGUAUUGUCGUAGCACAGCUAUACACUAAAGGAGAGUGCCAUGGCAUCCACUCUUUCAUGGUACAGAUUAGAGAAGAAGAAACCCACAUGCCCUUACCAGGGAUUAAGGUCGGCGAUAUAGGCGUAAAGUUGGGUCUGAAUGCGGUCAACAAUGGCUUUCUCGGGCUGGAUAAUGUCCGGAUACCCAGGAACCAGAUGUUUAUGAAACAUGCUCAAGUUUUAGAGGACGGUACGUACGUGAGGUCCCGUCACAGCAAGCUGAACUAUGGUGCUAUGGUUUUUGUUCGAGUGGUCAUCGUGUUCGACAGCGUCAACUACUUGUCUAAAGCCGUCACUAUAGCCACGCGGUACUCUGCUGUAAGGAGACAGUCGCAGAUCAAAGAGUGUGAACCAGAAGUUCAAAUCUUGGACUAUCUGACGCAACAACACAAGAUAUUUAUCGGCAUAGCGGCCAGUCACGCCCAGAGGAUAACUGGGAUCAAAUUAUGGGAAACCUUUCACGACAUCACGAAGCAGUUGAAUGAUGGAAACUUGGAUAGAUUGUCAGAGUUGCACGCGCUAGCUUGCUGCCUGAAAGCGAUAAGCACAUCAGAUACGGCAAGUUACGUGGAAAGCUGUCGGCUGGCGUGCGGAGGUCACGGCUACAUGAAGUCUUCAAGCCUCCCGGUCACUUACGGCCUGGUAACCGCUGCUUGCACUUAUGAGGGCGAGAAUACUGUUCUGCUCCUUCAGACUGCCAGGUUUUUGGUGAAGUCCUGGCAAACAAUGAACACGCAGGAAUUGACACCGACAGUAGCUUACUUCAAGAGCGCUCAGACAAACACAAAUAAAUGGGAAAAUUCCGUGGAAGGGAUCAUAAAUGGUUUAGAAAUUGUUGCUAUGAGAAACGUGUCAUCCUGCGUGGAGAGCAUCAAGAAACGUAUGUCAUCUGGCAUGUGCUAUGAGGACGCCUGGAACCUCACCUCCAUUCAGCUGGUAACUGCAGCUGAGGCCCAUUGCAGAGUGAUCAUCAUCUCUACCUUUCACGAGGAGAUGAGGAAGAUAGCUGACACUGUAUCAUCUUGUCUGAAGCCAGUACUCUUGCUCCUAGUGGAGUUGUAUGCAGUUUAUUGGGCUUUGAAGAAACUUAAUGACUUACUCCGGUACACUAACAUAACAAGUGGCGACGUGGACAGGCUGCAAGCCUGGUACGAAGACCUGCUGACUCAGAUGCGACCUAAUGCUGUGGGGUUGGUGGAUGCCUUUGACAUUACUGACGAUAUGUUAUGUUCAACUCUGGGUUCAUACGACGGUCGUGUGUAUGAGAGACUGAUGGAGGAGGCUCUGAAGAGUCCGCUCAACGCGCAGCCCGUUAACGAUAGCUUCCACAAGUAUCUCAAGCCUUUCAUGCAGGGAAAGCUAUGAUAUACAUAAUAAUUUGUUCAUUAGCUAUGUUAAUAAUAAAGAAACGUUUCGAUAGUUGAAAACUUCGUGGUAUAAAAGAGGAACCACAGCUCCUUGUUGACAAAAGAAUCUCAAACUAGACACUGUAAUAUAAUAAAAAUGAUUUAUCACUAUCUCUUCUAUUUAUAAUAUUCCAAACUCUAUGGUGUAAAACCUUUAAUUUUGUGUUUAAUCUGUGUUCUAUUUUAAAUCAAAAACUGUGAUGGUAUUAAGACUAAUUUUUACUAGUGAUGUAUAAAUAAAUUUGUUAUUUUUAUA